CCAUUUCCCGUAUCCCAAGAAACGCCACUUUUUCUCUUGCUUGCAGUUGACUGCCUGCUGCUUCCAAGAUCAUGCUGCUGCUUGAAUAAUUCUUUCUCUUUUUUCUACAACCACUGCAUAAAUAAAUAGCACCAAUUCGCAUCAUUUUAGUGUACGGGUGGUUCAUUAAGAUACGAGGCCGCCACCACCCCAUAUGAAAUGAUAUGUCAAAAUUAUUAAAUCAGAGACAAAAACACGGGCUGGUGCUGAGCUAAACUCACUCCAAUUCCAUGGCUUAUUACCAUAGUAGUAGUAGUAGUAACCUCUCUUCCCUAGGCUGGGAUCUUCAAAACCUUGGAGUUCUCAACGCAGACAUGACUUUAGCCAUGGAUAGAAGAACUUCGCCGUUUUUCUCUUCUCUAGAGUCUGAUUUCUCGACCGGGUACUUAGAAGAUGCUUUGCUUGAAUUUAAUGAGCGAUCCAAACGAAGACGCUUGCUGCUGUUCUCUACUGAGCAUGAUCAUGCCCAUGAUCAAUACGAAAAAUCAAAUGACCUACCUGAGAGCAACUGGAAUGAAGAAAACUUUGACGACUGGGAAUUGAUGUCAGAGAAUUUUAGUUGCUUGAGCCACAUUACUGGUAUUCGUGGAACUUCAGAUGAGCCCAUGACCACGUCGAUGAGCAAUACUAGCGAGGAAGCAAAUGUCAUAUCGGAGAUAAAAACACCAGAAGAGGGAAUAUCAGCCCCUGAAACUCUUGAUUAUUCAUCAUCAUCUUCUUACAAAGAUUUGGCUGGCACAAACUCCAUUUUUGAAAAAGACAACAUCCCUCACUCUUCUGAUGAUGACGGGGAGAAGAGAAAGAGGAGGUUGGGAACAAGGGUGGUGUAUCCAUUUGCACUAGUGAAGCCAGGAGGUUUAGAAGGGGACAUGACCAUAAACGAUAUCAAUGAGAGGAUCUUAAUGCCACCAACAAGGCCGGUAAGACAUCCGGUAGGGGAUUUUGCUUGUAAGCCAUGUGUAUCUGCUGAUGGCCCCGGUCUUUCUGGGAAAGCUGUGGUGGCCCUUACAAGAGUCCACACGCAAGGGAGAGGCACAAUCACUAUUAUUAGAACCAAAGGUUAAAAAUAUUGGUGGCUGGUACUGCUGCUCAUUUCUGUGCUUAGUUCAUGCGUUGUCCGUUUGAAUUGUAUAGAAAGUGAUAUGCUUGUAAAAUGGUUUACUUUUACAGAGUUAUAGUCAGUUGUUUUAUAUA